UAUAAAUAAAUAUAAGUUCAAGAUAAUUAACACAAAUAUCAUACAUUUUAUUAUAAUUUUUUAGAACAGACAUAAUAAUACAAGUACACAUGAAAAUUAAAGUACAGAUUUUAAACAUUUAUUUUAAAAGUAAACACACCAUAACAACGUAAAUUAAAAUAUUUAAACAGUAGUAGUUCCACCAAAGGCCACCUCAUCACCAAUUUCAGCAUCAUCCAUGUAGAAAUCGGACACGUCAAAUUUAGGAAAAAUUGGAUUGAUAUCAUCAGCAUAAUUAGCCUCCACAUUUUUUUAUUUUCCUUUGGUGGAAGCUUGAGAUACGAGAACAAAUGAGAAGAAAAGGGUAGAAGCAAGGGAUUAGGUCUCCAUUUAUAGUGGAGAGCGUUGGUAUGUAUACAAAUACAAGUGGGAAGUACUGUACAUAAGUGAUACUUAUCAAUAGUUGUCUUAAUCUACUAUUCAAGAAAAUAGACCUGAUUAAUUGAAUAAAUGAAGAAUCAUUAAUUUCAUAACAAAAUCUAAUUAUUUCAAACUAAAAGGGAUCCCAUUGACACUUCCAAUUCACACAAGGCCACUGGUCCACAACACGCCCGGCUAGAAAUUGCUGUCUGCCUGUAAGUAUGCCGGACGCCGCCGUGCUCGGGUAGUUAUAAAACCAAAAUAUGGAAUUAGAAAGCAGCGACGGGUCCAAAACUCUAUUGGUACACAGGUCCACCACCCAUUUCGGGAGAGGCGCCGGUUUCUACAGCGGCGGCGACGACGACCGCACUGUGUCACGCCGCCAAAUAUUGUUCCACCCCUGCCCUUCGUCCUCAGAGCAUGACCGCGACGGCGCUCGGGUUCGUUUCGAAGUCGUCGGGAAGAACCCAGUUUGGGUCCACACCAGCAAGAGCGGCGGAGUGAAGGCAUACCGGAGCUCCGAAAGAGGCGAAAUGGAGAUCGGUGACAGUUUCUGCGUUUCCGCGAAGAACCCCGUUUGGUUCACACUGAAGAAAACCGAUUUCCAAGCCGAAGGUGAAAAGGACAGGAAAAUCGACCCGCUUGUUGAGUCCGAGUUAGCGGAGAGCCUUGGAAGCAGCCAUGGACGCCUAGGGAUUGAAGAAUUGGAACUGGAUUCCAUCAAUCUAUCUGAAAUUGACCCCGUCAAAGGUCUAGGGUUUGUUAUCCACUUUUCCAUACUUAAAACCUGCAAGAUUUUCAGUUGAUGGUCUGAUUAUUCAUGCUAAAUCCAGUUUUACUUGCAGAAGAUAACUAGAUAUAGUUUAGGUUGAAUAUUAGUAUUCCUGAUCAGGAAAUUUGUAAAUGUGAAACGGUGCAGAGUUUGGAUUGGUGGUAAUGGGGCAUGAAUUUGAUGGGUAUCCAAAGGACAUGAUUCAUAACAUUAAGAAUUGGGAUU